ACGUGCAGCUUUUCAAUUCAACGCGGGCUCAACAAAGAAACCCGUCAAAUUAUCCAGAGGCUGCAAACAAACAACGGGCCUGCCGUUUGCAUGCAAGUGAUGUUUUGGGCGAUGAAAGAAAAAUUUGCAGCCUCACGCAUGAAAUAAAGAGGUCUUUUUCUUUCUUUGAUGAAUAUGCGUCUAAUAAGGACCAACGGAAUCUUGGGCCCGCCACGCCUUUUGAAGACGUUGUUGGCGGCUGAGCCCGCACUCGAAGAAACUAGCGACUAGGAGAUCCUUCCUACCUCUUGAUUGUCAGAACCACCAAAGUCAAAAUCCCAGUAGCCUACCUCGGGUAUUCAAAAUGCCAGCGUCAAAAACAAAUGCAGCCAACGAGCCCAUGGUGACGGCUAGCACACCCAUGCCGCCAGGGUACCGCUUCGUCUCCAAGGGCAACGUCUACAUCACCAAGAACUGCCGCAAGAAGACGCAAGCGGCCGGCAAGACCGUCUAUGUCGUGGUCGAAUCUCUAAAGACCAAGCGCGUCAAGACGCUGGGCAUCCGGGUCCCCACCGACAUCUACAGCGAGGUGGCCGAGUCGGAGCGGCAGACGCGGACGGCGCGGGCCACCAACGUCCAGAAGCGCGACGACGCGGGGCUCCGCGCCUUUGAGCUGGAGCUGCGCCGGCUGUUCCCACAGGCCCCUGCAGAUGCCGCCGAGACGGUCGCCCGACACGCGCUCGUCAAGCGCUCCCGGCGCGUCGGCAGGGCCGGCACCAUGGACAUGGACAAGAAGGUCAGGCUGGCCGUCACGGCGCACAUCCGCCACCGCCACACCGACUACGACGCCAUGCUCGCCCGCGGCGUGCCGAGGGAGGAGGCCAGGACCAAGGUCUGGGCGAGGAUCGUCGAGGUCGCCGACGGCUGGGCCGGGCGGCCCGGCUCGCUCAAGAGUCACGCUGCCGCCGCCAGGAAGGAGAAGAAGCUCGCGCGGAGGAGGGGUGACGGCAGGGGAUCGGGACGGUCGGGUUCAAGUCCAGCACCCGGGGGCGGCGGAGGAUCGAAAAACGUGGCCAGGAAGACGAGGACCGCGGAGAAGAUGAACAAAACCAACAACGGCAAACCUCUACCCGUGGCCAAGCCCCUCCCGGAUCACGUUGGGAAGAACACAAAGCUCAAGCUUGCGCUGAGGCCGAUCGGUGUGGCCAGGCGGAAACCACUCCCUCAGGUCAAAAGACAUAACAACGCAAAGCAGCCCGCCGAUCGUCCUGGCGGGACCGAUGGCGACCCUUUUGUGAUAUCCGAUGACGACUUCCCACAUCCCGAUGAUGACUUUGACGGCGCUAGUGAGGAGGCGGAUGAUGACGACGACUUCUUUACCGAGUCGGAUAUAUACGAUUCGGAGGACUCGGACUACUACGACGAGGCUGAUUGACUCGGAUGGCAGCGCAUAUGAUCCAUUUUCUCGUGCGACAACUUUGGUUUUGUUUCUUUGGGUUGCUGCAGUCAUUUGGGGUAAACUUGUACCGGCGCCUGACUGCCGCUUACCUGCCGCUUGCCCCGUGGAGAUGAUGGAGCUGCAAAUUGUGCUUUUCUUCUUGUUGGCAUGCACAUAAUCUUCGAGCAAGUAAGUAUACGCGGGUAAGAUUGUAAUUGAUUGAAUAUGUUUGUUUGCCAAGCUGGUUAGCAUCAUGUUCGACGUGGAACUAACGGAAAGGGUGGCAAAGGCGGUCUUUUCUUUUUCUUUUCUUUUUUUUUUUCUGUGUGUCAGUAGUGUCUUGUCGAUUGUUUAUUGUUUUUCCCCCUUUCACACAAAUCCCGAGCAGAUCCGGGCGGAGAUGUCGAAUAAAUAAUGUAUUUCCAUCCCAUUUGAGCCAGUUCUGGCCAAGCAAUGAGAAAAGAUUGGGAUGCACGGCAGA